AUGGCCCCCCGCUGCUUCAUCAUCCGCCACGGCGAGACCGAAUGGUCGCUGAACGGCCGACACACCGGAAUCACCGACCUCGCACUGACCGAGAACGGCGAGAAGCGAAUCAAAGCGACGGGCAAAGCCCUGGUCGGAAACGACCGUCUGAUCUCGCCCAAGAAGCUCGUGCACGUCUACGUCUCCCCGCGCGCCCGCGCGCAACGCACGCUUGAACUCCUCGAGAUCGGAUGCCGGGAGCGUCUGCCCUGGACGGAGAAGCGCAAGGCCGUCUCGGACGAGCCGAUCCGCACGGAGGCGAAGGUUACGGUUACGGAGGCCGUGCGGGAGUGGGAUUACGGCGACUACGAGGGGUUGACGAGUAAGCAGAUUCGUGAGCAGAGGGCCGAGAAGGGAGACGGGAGUUGGGAUAUUUGGCGGGAUGGGUGUCCUGGGGGAGAAUCCCCCGAAGACGUCAUGAAGCGGCUCGAUGCGCUGAUUGCCGAGAUCCGAGAGAAGCAUCACAAGCGAUGCUUUGACGGCGAAGAAGAUGGUGGAGAUGUGCUUAUCGUCGCGCACGGGCAUAUCCUCCGUGCGUUUGCGAUGCGCUGGACAGGCAAGCCGUUGACGGAGACGGCGCUGAUUCUGGAGGCCGGUGGUGUGGGCACAUUAAGUUACGAGCACCAUAACAUCGAAGAGCCCGCGAUCAUUCUCGGCGGUGGUUUCGUCGUGGAGAACUGA